CUGGGCCUGAAUCAAUCGUCCAUUGGCCACAACGAGGUCCUCGAAUAACCGUGUUGAGGGCAACGCAAUGUAAAUGCGUGCGAGCAUGCCGAAGGGCAUCAGCUUGAGCUUCAUCAGCAACUUCUACCACAUUAUUCAAAAUGAGGUCAUGAGGAAGAUUGAUGUACAUUGUGGAGGAGGAGAAGGAGAACGAGGGGAAGAAGAGAACGAGGGGAAGAAGGAGAAGAACGAGGAGAAGAAGGAGAAGAAGGCGAUGGAGAGGGAGAAGGAGAACGAGGAGAAGAAGAAGAACGAGGAGAAGAAGGAGAAAAAGGUGACGGAGAAGGAGAAGGAGAAGAACAAGGAGAGGGAGGGCGAGCAAGAGGAAGAGCAUAUGGAGGAGGAGGAGGAGGAGGAGGAAGAAGAGGAGGAGAAUAUGAAGACGAAGAUGGCAACGGAGAAGAAGAACACAACGAAACCGACUUGUGGGUAAGGUUAAGUGUGGUUGAGAAGAUGCAUAAAGAAGAAGCAUAUACAUUUCUCAGUAAUAAAUGUGUUGGAGAAGG